AUGUAUGUGCGCGUCUCUAAAAAUGCUCGCGUGUUAAAUGUGCGUGUUUGCUCGACAUUGCUUGUUGUUUUGCUGCCGUAUCGAUAUGAUUGAUGGAUGAAUGUCUCUCUCCCUCUAUUUACCAAGUGUUGGUGACGUUGCUUUCGUCGCCACUCCCUCUUUUCCUCGCACUCUCCCACUAUCUCUCUCUCUCUGAAGCUGCACUACUAACUAAUGAUUGCAGGUCUCACAUCACCUUAUAUCUAUUGUUGCUGUUGCUGUUGCUGAGGUUAAGUCAACUUGAGCGACGAUGUAGUAUUCUUUUUUUAGAAUACAAAAAAAAAAAAGAAGCUAAAAGAAGAUAUAUUUUGAAGUAAAAAUACAUAGAAGACGACAAACAGAGAACAUGGUGCCGUGGAAAAUGACGGACGACUGUGCUGUCAAGUGCGUGAGUCAGUGUAGCGUGUUGUCAAAGACUGGUGUUGUCUUCGUGUUGUUCUUGUUGCUGCAUUCACUGCCAGAAAGACCAACAACAACAGCAGCAGCAGCAGUAGUAGCAGGACUACCUUGAUGUUUACCACACAAUCUAAAAAUUAAUCUAACUGAUUAUAAAAAAAAAACACCGAAAAAGAAAAAAAAAACAAAGCAAAAAAAAGUUACCCCAUCAAAUCAAUAAUAAUAAUAAUAAUAAAUAACAAAACAAUACGGAGAGCAGCAAGUGGAUAGGAGUAAAUACGGAAUAUAUCUAUCUAUCUAUAUAUAUAUAUAUAUAAUCAGGGCAUUCGGAUGUAUUGGAAUUCUAUCGUCUAAAGAGAUUUAAUGGAGAGAAAGCAGAGGACGAACCAGAGAGGCCACAGCCUCUCUUCAUCCACCUGCUGCUUGCUUCAUAGUAUGGCACUUCCAAAAGUAGAUUUGUAGCCCUUCGCUACUCCCGGCUGCUUUUUCUCUCACUCUGUAACCCAGGGUUUCCGACUUCACUUCACCUCAUCUCACCUGAGCUGAGCUGAGCUGAACAGAGAAGCAGACGGCCCUUAAAUACUAUCCCUCCUUCAUAGGUCCCCUCCCCCGGCAAAUAAUCACCACCAUUUCUGCACAGACCACGUACCCCUUCGUAAUCCACAAUUGGCUGACUUAAUUCUGGUAUGAUGUCAUCUACCCUGGUGGAGACUGUUUCAAUCAACUAUGAAGACUUCAACGAUAGUUUUCUGACAUGUGGAACAUGUCUCUGCAUUUACGACAGCGCCGAGCAUUCUCCUAAGCUGCUGCCUUGCUCGCACACAGUAUGCAAGAGUUGCUUGGUGAGCAUUGUUGAAGCCCAAGUCCACGACACCGGAACAUUUCGUUGUCCAAUCUGCCGAGAAACCAUCAACAUCCCACGAGGUGGGGUGACUUCUUUUCCACCCAGUUUUAUCGUCAACCAACUUUUGGAUCUAAUGUCUCAGCAGCGCCGAGAUGUCAUCCCAAAAUGUUCCAAUCAUCCCUCCCAAGAGUUGUUAUUUUGUGAAACCUGUGAUACGGUAUUUUGCACUCUAUGCACUGGAGGUGAGCAUUACGGCAAGGGGGCCAGUGAACACACUGUGAUACCUUUUUCUAUAGCAAUAAAACGUAUGUCAGAAAUUCUCUUGUACAAGGCCCAGUUGUGCAUUGGGAAUCUGACAACGGCUUAUGAUAAUGUGUCUGGUGAAAUGCUCCGCCUUGAAAAUAGUGUUGAAAGAGCCAUAGAGACUAUUAAUCGUACUUUCCAGGAUCUUAUUAAUCUAAUUGACAAAAGACGGCAUGAAGUUCUCCAAAAAGUUCGCAAGAUCCGAGAACAUAAAAAGGGAGAUCUCAAGGAACAAUUAGAUUUGAUUCAGGCAGAGAAAGAAAAAGUUCAAAAUGAAUGUGAUGGAUUACAGUACCAAGUUGAAGUUCGGAACAUCACAAAAAAGAUUGGAGAUUUAAAUGAGAAACUCGACGCUACCAGUACCUUAGGGGAGCCACGUGAAAACCACUUCAUUAAAUGUGAAUUCAAACAUAACACUGCAUACAAGGACAUAUCGAAUGCGCUUGCUAAUUUUGGUUGCAUUAAAGUAAGCACCACAUUUCCUGCACUCUCCACUGCAAAAAUUAACAAAGCCAUUACCCAUUUGCGCUCAACCAUUACAGUUGUUACUGUUGAUUACCAUGGUAACCCCCGAACUACAGGCUGCGAUCCAGUUGUUACGGAACUGCGUUCAGCUUCUGGUCAAUUAAUUGACACAAAAAUCCGUGACAAAGAUGAUGGGACCUAUGAAAUAAGUUUUGUGCCGCCCAAAGCUGGUAAGCUGAAGUUGUGUAUCAGCAUCUUUGAUCGGCCCAUCAAAGACAGUCCAUAUGUAAUAGAUGUCUGUGACCAUAACAACCCAAUUUGGAAAUACGGAAGUCGGGGGACAGGCCUAGACAAUUUCAUACAACCGGUGCGUGUAGUAACAGACAAAGAAGGUUCCAUUUUUAUCUCAGAUACCGGUAAUAGUCGCAUCAAAGUUUUAAACAGCAAUGGGGUGUUGGAACGUCACAUAAACUCUGAGGCACUUGAGAGACAAAGUGGUAUUGGAGUGUGUGUCAGCCCAACCGGGAACCUCAUUACUGUGAACUGGCGCACAAAAAUGGUGUACACAUUAAGCAACGAGGGAGAAUUGCUCUCGAAAUUUACAUCGAGUCAUUUCCAGGAACCAAUUGAUGUGGCUGUAAAUAGCAAAGGCGACAUUAUCAUUGGUGAUAUGGGAGCAGCCAAAGUGUUGAUAUUUGAUGCUGAAGGCAAUCUCCUUCAACAAUUCGGUAAAAAGGGAAGCAAAGAAGGAGAGUUUAAGUUAUUAACGUCGGUGUGUGUCGGUUGUAAUGAUCAGAUCCUCGUUUCAGACCAUCGGAUACAAAUCUUUGACAAAAACGGCAAGUUUCUGCGCCAGGUCAGCAACACUGGCAAAGGACAAUACGAAGGUAUAACUGUCGACCCAAAUGGCCUAAUCCUUGCUACAAAAACUGACAGAGGUAAAGGUGUUGUGCAGAUCUUCAGUUCCAAUGGAAAUUUCCAGUUUGCAAUUGACAGUUUUGACGACAAGUUGAUGCGACCCAGUGGUCUGAUCACCACUCAAGAACAGUACGUCUAUGUGGUUGAUUUGGGAAACAACUGUCUCAAAAAGUUCCGAUACAAGUGAAGGAAUUUACCUGUCAACUUGAUAGACCAGUGAAGUUUCUGUUAGGACCAUGUUCAUCGCUAUCACACCACCACCACCACCACCAGUAGCCAGUCAAAUGGUAUUACACCAAAUUAACACCUCUCAGCUUUUUUAGCUGUUGGACCCUCUUCCAUCCAAGCUAGACAUCUUUUUUUUUUUUUUUUUUUUA